GUCCCCGUGUCCUUCCCGCCAGGGUUCAAGUUCGGAGCCGCCACAGCCUCAUACCAAAUCGAAGGAGGCUGGAAUGCCACUGACAAAGGCGUGAGCAUUUGGGAUCGGUUCGUCCAUGAAGACCCGACUAGAAUCCCGAACAACGACAAUGGAGACGUCGCCUGCGAUUCAUAUAAUAACUGGGAGAGAGACGUCGAGAUGGCUGCGGAACUAGGAUUACACUUUUAUAGAUUCUCCCUAUCCUGGUCCCGUAUUCUUCCGACUGGUUUCAACAAACGCAUCAGUGAAGACGGAGUGAGAUACUACAACAGCCUGAUCGACGGUCUCCUGGCGAGAGGCAUCGAGCCCUUCGUGACUCUGUACCACUGGGACCUGCCGCAGCCCAUACAGGAACUUAGUGGUUGGACAAACCCCCUCAUUGCCGAGUGGUUCGCUGAAUAUGCGAGGGUUGUGUACACACUCUUCGGUGAUCGCGUCAAGCUAUGGAACACCAUCAACGAACCGAUUAUGGUUUGUGAUGCCAGUUACAACACUGGGUCAUAUGCUCCCGGGAUUAAAAAUUCCGAAAUAGCUCCUUACGUGUGCAAUAAGAUUCUCCUCCUGGCGCACGCUAAAGCUUGGAGGAUCUAUGAUAAGGAAUUCAAGCCGAGAUAUCAUGGUAAGAGUGCAUUUUUUUUCGAAAUACAACUCCGAAGACUCUUGAGUUUUCUCUCUAUUAUCCUACGGAAAAGAAUCUCCUCAAUCGCUCAGCAUCAACAAAAGCUUACUAAAUUGUUUUCUUUUUCAGGCAAGGUGUCGAUAACAAACAAUUUAGUGUGGUUCGAACCAGCCAGUGAUGAGUACAAGGAUCUUGCGGAACUAGCUUUACAGAAUUUUGGAGGUAGAUACUCUCAUCCAAUUUACUCCAAGGAAGGAGGUUGGCCACCAGGUAUUGAGGAAGUUAUGGCAGAAAAUAGUUUUAAAAGAGGGUAUUCCAAGUCUCAGUUCCCAGCAUUCACACAAGAAGAGAAGGAUCUGGUCAGAGGAACCUACGAUUUCUACGCCUUCAAUCAUUACACAACUCGGCAUAUUCGCAAAGCAAAAGAGGGGGAGACGUUCACGGCCUUCCCGAUGGGAGAUGCUGAAGAUCUGGAUGCAAUCAGCAUUUUACCCGAAGGGAGAGAAAUCGGAGCCACGUCUUGGUCCGUGGUGUAUCCCGAAGGUAUGCGUCAUAUAUUAGUUUGGUUAAGGGAACAGUACGGUGACAUAGAGUUCGUGAUCGCUGAGAACGGAUUCCCGACGUAUGGAGGUCUGGAAGAUAGUAACAGAGUUAAUUAUCACAAGGAAUACUUGGAACAGAUAUUACUUGCCAUCAAUGACGGAGUGAACGUAACUCACUAUACUGCAUGGAGUCUCAUGGAUAACUUCGAAUGGGUCGAUGGAUACGCCCCCAAGUUUGGUUUGUACGAGGUAGACUUCACCGAUCCUAAGCGCACGCGCACUCCGCGCCAGUCCGCCUACUACUACGCGAGCGUCAUAGCGCAGCACUCACUCGAUGUAUCGACAGAAAUGGAUUUGAUCUUGAUUUUGAAUGUCUUCAGCGCCUUACUGGCUGUGUCCUGUACAGCCUCUAACCGGACCUUUCCACUGGGAUUCAAGUUCGGAGCCGCCACAGCCUCAUACCAAAUCGAAGGAGGCUGGAAUGCCACUGAUAAAGGCGAGAGCAUUUGGGAUCGGUUUGUCCACGAAGACCCGACUAGAAUCCCGAACAACGACAAUGGAGACGUCGCUUGUGACUCCUACAAUAACUGGGAGAGAGAUGUCGAGAUGGCUGCUGAACUGGGACUACAUUUUUACAGAUUCUCCCUAUCCUGGUCCCGUAUUCUUCCGACUGGUUUCAACAACCGCAUCAGUGAAGACGGAGUGAGGUACUACAACAGCCUGAUCGACGGUCUCCUGGCGAGAGGCAUCGAGCCCUUCGUGACUCUGUAUCACUGGGACUUGCCGCAGCCGGUUCAGGAACUUAGUGGUUGGACUAACCCCCUAAUUGUCGAUUGGUUCGCCGACUACGCGAGGGUUGCAUACGCGCUGUUCGGUGAUCGCGUGAAGCUCUGGCUGACCUUCAACGAGCCCGUAGUUAUGUGUGAUGGUGCUUACAAUACUGGACUUAUUGCCCCUGGGAUCUUGAACCCAGACAUAGGGUCUUACAUGUGCAAUAAGGUUCUCCUUAUGGCUCAUGCUAAGGCUUGGAGGAUCUACGAUGAAGAAUUCAAACCGAAAUAUCAUGGGAAGGUGUCCCUAGCAAACAUGUGGGUGUGGAUCGAACCAGCCACUGAAGAUGACAAAGAUUUAGCAGAACUAGCUUUACAGAAUCUUGGAGGUAGAUACUCUCAUCCAAUUUACUCCAAGGAAGGUGGCUGGCCACCAGGUAUUGAGGAAGUUAUGGCAAAGAACAGUUUUAAAAAAGGAUACUCCAAGUCUCAGUUCCCAGCAUUUACAAAAGAAGAGAAGGAUCUGGUACGAGGUACUUACGAUUUCUACUGUUUGAACCAUUACUCAACUCGUUUCGUUCGCAAAGCAAAAGAGGGAGAGACAUUUGGGCCUUUUCCGAUUGGAGAUGAUGAAGACAUAGGAGGUAUCAUGAUGUUGCCAGAAAACAGGGAAGUAGGAGCGUCGAGUGGGUCGGUGAAGUACCCAGAAGGCAUGCGUCGUCUUCUGGUUUGGUUGAAAGAACAUUAUGGAGACAUAGAGUACGUGAUCGCCGAAAAUGGAUUCUCUACGUAUGCAGGCCUAGAGGAUAUUAGCAGAAUUGGUUAUCACAAGGAUUACUUGGAGCAGGUGUUACUGGCGAUCAAUGAUGGUGUGAACGUAACUCACUACACAGCCUGGAGCCUCAUGGAUAACUUCCAAUGGAACGAUGGCUAUACGUACAAGUUUGGUUUGUACGAGGUAGACUUCACCGAUCCUAAGCGCACGCGCACUCCGCGCCAGUCCGCCUACUACUACGCGAGCGUCAUAGCGCAGCACUCACUCGAUGUAGCGACGGAGUAAAUAAUUUACUAAGGUUAUAGGAUCGUUAUAUAAUAUUUAUUCAGAAGCAAUAAAUAAAUAAAAAAUGAA